AUGUCCAUUGUUGCCGCCAUUGACCAACGAGAAAACAUCUCCGUAUGGUCUCGAAGCGUGAAUUCGCUAGCCUCUAUUCUGGACCAUGUCAGAUUCUCCUUCUGCCGAGAUAGUCUAAUGCUACUGGCUGUCAACUCUUCUCGAACUGCCAAUGGAGAAAUUGUAUUUACCAGCCUGUUUUUUCGAGAGUUGGCCUUCUCAACUGACUACAUAUCUUCCGAAGGCUUUGUCGCCAACGAGUUGGACUACAGCUCCUCCACGUAUUCAUUUAUCGUGUCAUCCAAGCACUUGGUGAUGCUAUUCAAAAACCUUGACUCGCCCAGCUUAAACUACAUCUGUUUACGCGUCGAUUGUCGCUCUGAUACUCCACUGACUCGAAGAUAUAAACUUAUGGUAGAGGUUCUCACCAAGAAGCUCAUAGUGAAGAAGUUCCACAUGAACUACCUGCCAGUUACUGGAGACCUCAACACGGUGGUUUCUCAGUACAAGGAAGAGUACGAGAAAGGCAACGUGCAAUAUUUCCAGGCCGAAACAGCAACUUUCAAGCUGUUUUUAGAUAUGGUUCCUGGGGCCACUGAGGAUUUUUCAAUAGAGGUCAAGAUGACCAAGAUUGUCUUCGGAGCGUACACCAAACAAGUGCUAAAAGACCGAGAGUUCCUUAAACAGCCCAUGCUGAUCACCAUUCUGAUGUCCACUGAAGAACUUUUGGACACAAACUUGGGUGAUGUCAACGCUGUGGUGAAUUUCAGGUUGAAAGAUAUUCGCAACUUUAUCAAUCUAUGUACUGCCAUGAAAUCAGACGCACUGGAUAGCGACAUGAUAGGUGUUGAGUCGCAUUUCAAUACCUAUUUCAAAAGCAACGGUGACCCCAUUGUCUUCGAAUAUAAAGCCCAGAACUUGACAAUUACUUUUAUUCAAAUCACUGCUGAAGACUCGGCUAAACCCGAGUUGAAAUCAACUACCAAGCCAUACACGCUUCCAGCCCCAGCAAUUCAGAAAGUUUCCGAGGAAAAACUUGCCAAUUGGACUCCAGCAGUCUCCACAUAUGGUAAACGUGACGUUGCUCAUUUGUCGAGGCUAGAUGUCAGGACAUCGAAACUUACUAGCGCACCAGCAUCGCAUGAAGAGUAUGAAGAGCUCGACAACUUCCAAUACUCGCUGCAAAACAUCACCUACGGUAAACGGUCAUCCACACCAAUUGAAUCUGAUUCCGUUAAGAGAGCUCGGGACGAUACGGACUACUCCACGUCCGACGACAACGCCCCACAGGAACAAGUUCAAGAGUUCGGUCCUACACAGCAUGAAACAUACAAGCCCAAGUCGCUAUUCGACUAA